ACAGAGAAACCCUAAACAAUUGAUUAUGUUUUGACCACAUUCAUUGAAUCCAUUCGAUCAGUCUCAGACUCUGAGGGGUGUGUGAAGCAGUGACUUCUCAAUUCGAUCAAAAUCUCAAUGGCAGCAGAAUCCAUCAAAAUCAUCGCCGCCGCCGAUGACUUCGGCACUCCUCUCAAAGACGCCCUCGUCGCUCACCUUCGCUCUCUCAACAUCCAAGUCGAAGAUAUCGGAACCACAUCCUACUAUUCCGCCGGGGCCGAGGUCGGUCGCCGAGUUUCUCAAUCCUUAUCUUCCUCUCCCGAAGUGCGCGGCCUCGUCGCCUGCGGCACCGGCGCCGGCGUCUCCAUCUUCGCCAACAAAUUCCCCGGCGUGUACGCCGCCACCUGCCACACUCCCUCCGACGCAGUCAACGCCCGUUCCAUCAACAAUUCCAACGUCCUCGCCGUCUCCGGCAAGUACACGUCGCCGGACAUCGCCAUCCAGAUCCUGGAAUCGUGGCUGAACACUCCGUUCAAGUCAGCGUGCCCCGCAAACGAUGACAAGCCAUGGCCGCAAGAGAUCCAGUCGUUCCUGGACAAAUCGCUGGAGGAAAUGUCGGAGAUCGGAAAGGAGGAAUCGGCAGCGGACACGUGCGCGGUGUGUUGCCUUGUGAAGAACCGUGAACUUAACCCUAUCGACAUGAUUCCGGGAGGAUCGAUGAAGAUUCUGAGGGAAUCUCCGACGUCGGCGUUCGUUAGGUUCAAGGCUGGGAGCGUGGAGCCAGCGCAUCACCACACGUUCGGGCACGAUUUGGUGGUUAUGGAAGGGAAGAAGAGCGUUUGGAAUUUGACGAAGAAAGAGGGAUACGAUUUGACGGUUGGAGAUUUCUUGUUCACUCCUGCAGGUGAUGUGCAUCGAGUUAAGUACUAUGAAGACACUGAGUUCUUCAUCAAGUGGGAUGGUCAUUGGGACAUGUUCUUUGAUGAAGAUCUUGAAACUGCUAAAGAGGCAAUUGAUAAGGAGUUAGGCUUAGCCAAGUGAAUGUCAAAAUUAAUAGAUCGUUGCCUUCACUUCUGAGUUCUGAUCAUAUCACUUGUUCUGUGUUGUAUAUUUUGUAUUUGUUAAUAAGCUCCUACUUGUGUGGGUUUUUGUGUUGCAUUUGAUCUUAUCUGUGUUGUGUGUUGUAAUUAUAAACUUGUUUAUGGGUUGAAUUGAAUGUGGCAUGCCUU